CAUCCCGUAGUGUGACUUUCAUCAUUCAGAUUUGGUUUUUCUUCGAGCCUGCUCUAGCUUGUCUACCCGAAUCCUGUAAUUUUGUCAAUGUUGGCUCCUGGCGUUUAAUUUACUUGUUGUGGUCAUCUCACGGCGCCCUCUUUGAGACAAACUCGAACUAAUAGCUGUAGUGUAGGUGUAAGUUAUCCAAUUCUCCGAUUGAACCGACCGAACCCACUCAGCCGGUCAUCAAUUUUCAUCAUGCGGCUGGCCCCAUGGCAUGGCCCAUGGCAUGGCCUAUGGCGGGCUCUAGUGUCCCGCUUCCCGUAUUCCUCCGCCCCAGCCUUGAGUUCUCGCUGCCACUCUUCCUAUUCCAAUUCCAAAUCCACCCAUUUUGGUUACCAAACCGUUUCGGAAGAGCAAAAGAAGCAUAAAGUCUUGGGGGUGUUCCAUAAUGUGGCCGAUUCUUACGAUUUGAUGAAUGAUGCCAUGAGUGUGGGUGUGCAUCGUCUGUGGAAAGAUCAUUUCAUGGCCAAAUUGAAUCCCGGUCCCCACAUGAAACUCUUGGACGUGGCCGGAGGCACAGGCGAUGUUGCCUUUCGCUUUCUGAGUUUCCCGACAACACCCAAAUUGGGCCAGAAUCGUGCGAAAAGCCCAGAAGAAACCGCUGACGAGGAUCAACGACACGUGGUUUGUUGUGAUAUAAAUCCGUCCAUGUUGGCUGUGGGACGUGAGCGGGCCUUGAACUUGGGACUGGAGCCUCAACGUUUGAGUUGGGUGGAAGGUGAUGCUCAAAAACUGCCCUUUGAAAGUGAAUCCUUUGAUGCUUACACGAUCGCUUUUGGCAUCCGAAACGUUGUCCGUAUCGAGGAGGCUCUGGCUGAGGCUUUCCGUGUGUUGAGACCGGGAGGUCGGUUUAUGUGCUUGGAGUUCAGUCACGUGGCCAAUCCCGUUUUGGGACCCUUGUAUGACCUCUACUCGUUCCAAGUGAUCCCGCCCAUGGGAAAAGUGCUGGCCGGGGAUUGGGAUUCGUAUCAGUAUUUGGUGGAAAGCAUUCGCAAGUUUCCUGAUCAAGAGACGUUCAAGAAUAUGAUCGAGAGCCAAAUCAUGUCGUCGAAUGAGACCCGGAUCUACGUGGGCAAUCUGCCGCCGGAUAUUCGCUCCAAGGACAUUGAGGACUUGUUCUACAAAUACGGCAAAAUCAGCUUCGUGGAUUUGAAGAACCGUAAAGGACCGCCUUUUGCCUUUGUCGAAUUUGACGACCCUAGAGACGCGGAUGAGGCCGUGUACGCCCGCGAUGGAUACGAUUACGAUGGCUACAAGCUUCGGGUCGAGUUUCCUCGCGGUAGUGGAGGCGGAGCUCGCGGUGGACGUGGCUCAGGAGGCGGGGGUGGACGCUUUGGCGGAGGGCGCGGUGGACCACCCACCCGGCGCACCAACUAUCGCGUGGUCGUUUCAGGCUUGCCUCCGAGUGGCAGUUGGCAGGAUCUCAAAGAUCACAUGCGUGAGGCCGGUGACGUGUGCUAUGCUGAUGUGUUCAAAGACGGCACUGGAGCCGUCGAGUACAUGCGCUACGAGGACAUGAAAUACGCCUUGCGAAAAUUGGACGAUUCGCGCUUCAAAUCUCACGAGGGCGAAACCACGUACGUGAGAGUCAAAGAAGAUAGCGGUUCGAGCUCGAAGCGAUCCAUAUCGCGUUCGCGAUCCCGAAGUCGCAGCCGAUCGCCUCGUCGAUCCCGAGGAUCCCCAACCUAUUCCCCUCUGCGACGAGACAGGAGUUACUCUCGAUCUCGAUCCCGGUCGCGAUCCAGAUCUUAAGGUGGCCUUUUUGGUUCUAAUUAUUGACCAAGUACGGGGAAUAGCAAAACAAAACGAAACAAUGUACGAAUUUUUUGAUUAUUUUUCCAAAGCACACUUACAUUACAAUCAACACACCUUCAACAUGUUCCUCACAACGUGACGUUGUUUGCAGGCUGAUAAGACUCGCCUUUUCGCAUCAAAAAAAGAAAAAUCGGGCAUUUCUCCCACGAUAAUUGUACGUCUAUCCAUUCAUGAAACCCUCAUUUAAAAGCGCUUUGAAUCCGAUUCUCCUAGCAUCUCGAUCCAUGAUUUUCUUCUAUCUUCUCUCAUUUCUAUGUCUGCCCAAUCUUUUGGAACGGACUUACCGGAUUCAAGAGGAAAUUAAAGAACCUUAAAACUUCAUGGACUCUUAGACUUCUCUACAUUUCACUGACUCACUCUCACUCAAAGGGGUCGACUGGAAACCCGGAAAAUAUCCUCGAGUUUUGGCGCUCUCUGUCUCACUCACUCACUUACUUAGGAGGAGGAAGAAGCAUCAGCAUUCAGGAUUAUCAUCGGUAUGAGAGUUUAGAAGCCACCCCCUUUUUAUUAGACGAGCAUUUUCAUUUUCGAAAAAAGAAAAAAAGGAAACCGAGCAACACGCAUAUCCCCAAUUCCCCCUUAUUCAUCAUCAGUUUUGUAGCGUUCACUUCGAUGAUCACUUUUCUUCCUUUCUUUUCAAGCACAUUACAUAAAGGAAGGAUAAGGAUUUUUAAGGAUAAAUGAAAGGACAGGACAGGAGUUCAGGAAAGGAUUACUACGCCAUGGUACGUUCAAGAUGCUUUUGUAACCCGAUUUUUUAUUGACCUCUCAUGAUAGACGUAACGAAUUCAAAAGGUCUCUUCACUUAACAUUUUCAUUUCGCGUUUGGUUUCGAUUUUUUAUUGUUCUCGAGCUGCCUCUCGAGUUUCAACACUAACCAGCAAUUGAUGUAACUAACUUUUUUGAGUAUCUGAUCACAUUCCGUGGACAAUCUAUGAAGAAAUAAAGAGCUGUAUUCUCCAUUGGCAAAGCA